AUGCAGCAGCGGCGCAAGUCGGUGUUCGGGUCGGCGCCCUACGCGAUGAAGCAGGCCGCGCUGGGGGCGGGCGUGGCGGCGCGCAAGAACGGCACGCCGCUCUCCAUGGCGGCGGUGGUCUUUUCGCUCUUCGUCUUCGCCACCUUCCUCUACAACGAGGACAUCAAGUCCAUCGCCGACUUCCCCUUCGGCGCCGGCGCCGGCGCGCUCCGCGCCAAGUCCCCCGACCUCCACCUCCUGCAGGAGGCCGAGGCCGCCGCGCACCAGGCCGUCACCACCCUCGCCAUGCGCGGGGAGGAGGCCAUCGUGCGUGUCCUCGACGCGCCCGCCGCCGGGGCCCUUCUUCCGGUAGCCAGCGCGGGCGCCGGUGGUAACGGCAAGAACGCCACCGGAACCGGGGUGGUGGUGGCCAAGGCCAGCGCCGUCUCCAACGCCCACGCCAACACGGUGGGCGCCAAUGCCGGCAGGGAGGAGGAGGGGCAGGAGAAGGACAGGGACGUGACGCUCCCGAACGUGACGGGAGGCGGCGGCGCGGAGGAGGCGAAGCGGAGGGAGGACGAGGAGGCGGCCGAGCGGGCGUCGACGGCGAAGGCCGCGGCAGCGACGGCGGCGCUGCGGGAGGUGGUGAGCGUGCCGGCGACGUGCGACCUGUACCGAGGCAGCUGGGUGUACGACGAGGUGAACGCGCCGGUGUACAAGGAGACGCAGUGCGAGUUCCUGACGGAGCAGGUGACCUGCAUGCGCAACGGCCGCCGCGACGACUCGUAUCAGAAGUGGCGGUGGCAGCCGACCGACUGCGACCUCCCCAGGUUCGACGCUCGUCUGCUGCUGGAGCGGCUGCGCAACAAGCGGCUGAUGUUCGUGGGGGAUUCGCUGAACCGGAACCAGUGGGAGUCGAUGGUGUGCCUGGUCCAGUCGGUGAUCCCCAAGGGCCACAAGACCCUCACCAAGUUCGUCAACAACGGAUCCAGCAACGUCUUCUACGCCCACGAUUACAACGCGACGGUGGAGUUCUACUGGGCGCCCUUCCUGGUGGAGUCCAACUCGGACAACCCCAAGGUGCACAGCGUCCCGGACCGGGUCAUACAGUGGCACUCCAUCGCCAAGCACGCCAAGAACUGGGUCGGCGUCGACUACCUCGUCUUCAACACCUACAUCUGGUGGCUCAGCGCGCUCGACAUGAAAGUCCUAAAAAAAGGGUCCUUCGACGAGGGCGCUACCGAGUACGAGGAGGUGGACCGGCCCGUGGCGUACAGCGAGGUGCUCAAGACGUGGGCCAAGUGGGUCGACCGCAACAUUGACCCCAACAGCACCACCGUCUUCUUCAUGGGCAUGUCACCCAACCACAUCACGCCGGAGGCAUGGGGCAACGAGGGCGGCAUCAAGUGCGCCAUGGAGACGCAGCCGAUCGCGAACCGGAGCGCGACGCUGGACGUGGGCACGGACUGGCGCCUCUACGCGGGCGCGCAGGACGUGCUCAAGACGUUCCGGCGCGUGCCGGUGCACUUCGUGGACAUCACGGCGCUGUCGGAGCUCCGCAAGGACGCGCACACCUCGGUGCACACGCUCCGGCAGGGGAAGCUGCUCACGCCGGAGCAGCAGGCCAACCCCAAGACGUACGCCGACUGCAUCCACUGGUGCCUGCCGGGCCUGCCCGACACCUGGAACCAGUUCCUCUACGCCCGCAUCGUCUCCGGCGCCUCCGCCCAACACCAACAGUAG